AAAACAAAUAAGCAGCCAUCAUAUUUCAAAGUCCUCUGGAAAUGUCAGCUGGACAAAAAAACGCGUCCUAACUCCCAUUUAUUUUCGUGCAGUCCCAAUUUAACCGUCGACAGACACAGUCAUGGCACCGGCUCGCGACUGAGCGCUGAAACGCGGCGGCCAUGUUCAAUUUCUUCAAGAGAAAAGGCGGGAAGGCCGAGGUCGGCGCGCCCGAACAUUCCCGAACGCCCCCGACGUCUCCCGAGCAUGGCGCGCGCGCUUCCCGAACCGACAGUGAUGUAACGAACGACAAAACCGCAGCACGGAAAGAUGUAGUCAACCUGUUGAUACCUGAAGUGGACUAUGCCCAGAAAACCAGAGUCAGCGCUCUCCUCCAAAUGAUGGCCGGAAAGAAAAGAAAGAACAAAAAGAAGCGAGCUGAAUCCUGCCGCGUUUCGCCGCCGAAAGAGAUGCAAACAAAUCUGCAACGGAGCAAGUCAGCCGCGAGUGACGUGGCGGAUACCAAAAAUAUAGUCGGGGAAGUUUGCGAGUCGGACGCGCACGGCGAUCCAGCUGAGUUCGUCAAAGCUUUGGUCCUGCAAAAAUACACCAAGCCCGUCGACAAACACGUGUCGCUUGUCUACGUCUCUGAUUCUGUUUUGGACGAGAAACGCCAUGCUGAAGCAUUGCUGCGCGAGAUUGCGAAGAGCAUAGACUGCACUAUCGAUGAGAUUAAUGAUAACAAGACACAGAUGGGGGCCAAUGACAGUAAGAUCGGCAGAAACGAGCCGGUGUACGAAACUGUUGAGGAAAACAAAAGAACUGACAUUGAUUCUUAUAAAAGUGACCUGAAAGGUGAAUUAGAGAAGCUGCUGCAUACUGAAGAAACGAAUUCCAAGGAAGAGUCUCCAGGGCAGAUCAAAAAAUCAAACUUAAAGCCUCCAAAGUCUGAUACAGAAGGGUGUUCGGAUGAUGACCGCUCGGACUGCGGGAAAAAGAAAGUAACCUUCAGAAAACACAUAGUCUUCGACGAUGGCGAUCAACAGACGGACGACGAAGUGGACUCAACAUUCGAAUCUCUCACCUCUGAGGAAGAAGAGGAAGAAUAUUUGGAAGACUCCUUGCCUGACAACGACGAAGUUAACUACGUGUCCCGAAACGAAAAUAGAACUGUAAUUGAAGUGACUGAACCGAAAAAUGAUAGUGAGGACGUUCUAAAAAGGAUUUCUAGUGACAACAGUGACAGUGGUUUUAUAGAUGGUGAAAAAAAUGAGUCUGGUGAUGACACUACGUGUGGUAAAAGUGCGGAAGUGGAAGAAAGUGAACAGAGUGAGAGUGAGGUGACCGAGAGUGAGACAGAGGAGGAGGUGAUUGAGGAAAUCGAAGAAAUUGAGGAGAUUGAAGAAAUUGAAGAAGAGGAGAGCUUGGAAGAGAGCGUGGAGAGUGAGCCAAAGCAUUUAGAUAAUAAGAAAACCCUGGUCAGCCAGGAGUCAAAAUUCCAGAACCAAGUCACCGCCCUCACAGAACUAGCAGAUUCAAGAUGCGGGGAGGCGGAGAGAGCGAGAGAGCUGAUAGCGGAAUACAGGAAGGAAAUAGAGACGAAAGAUCAGGAGAUAGAACAGUUGAAAUGCUCGCUAGCAGCCGCCUACAAGGAGUCGGAGCUGGUCAGGCAGAGGAGUCGCUCGCUGGAGGAGGAGCUUGGAGCCGCCAGGAGCUGUUCCGCAGACCUGGCCUCGCAACUGCAGUCCAGAAAUGAUGAGUCCAUCCGUCAGCUCCGCGCCGAGCUGGAAGAUGCCCUCAACAGGCGAGCGGAGCUGGAGUCCAAGGUUCAGGCUCUGGAGAGGGACAAAGACCGGCUGCAGCAGGAGAAGAUAGUACAGGAGCAGAAAGCGCAGGAGGCGCUAGCAGCAGCAGAAGCGAACACAGCGAAGUGGCGAGCGGCGCACGAGGCCGCACGUUCGCAGGCCGCCGCGCGCGCCGAGCGAAUGCUCGCCGACUGCGAGUGGAAGAUGCGGGAGCUGGAGAAAAAGGCGCGGGAAGCUGAGAAGGAAAAGAAACAGCUAUCAGAAACAGUGGAGCAGCUCAAAACAGCGCCGCCAUCGCCGAUCCAUCUAGCAGAGCUGCAACAGUUGCGAGGAUUAGCCACGGAACAGCAGAGAUCAGUUCAGGCCUUGACGCUGCAACUGCAGAGAGUGGAAACUAGGGAGGAGGCGUUGAAGCUGGAAGUGCAUAGACUGAAGGAACUGCUAGAGAGGGAAGCGAGGACUAGCAAGGAUAAGGAUGAAAGGCAUUUGCAGACAAUAGAGAGGUUAGAAAAGCGCCGCUCAGAAGCGAUAGACGCGCUAAAAGCGGAGCAUGCGCAGUCCGCGGCAUCCUCGCGAGCGAACCUCGAACGUUUGCACGCGGAGCGAACGCGCGCGGCGCUCGCGCAGCUAAGAGCGGAGGCCGAGCAGGAGGCGAGGAACGCUGAUAGAAAGCUGAGGGAGGUUACUACUAGAUUCGAAAACCUAAAAGAAGUGCUCGCCAGCAAGGAGUCGCAAUUCGAGAAGGCCAUAGCAGAAGCGCACAGCAAGGCUGACUGGGACAUCAUGCAGCUACGCCAUCUGCUGGACAAAGCUGACAUCACUUACGCUAACAAAGUGGAGCAGAUGACGGAGAGAUUUGAGAAGGAAAAAGAACAACUUAUAGAAGAAUGGUCAGAGAAGCUAAGAGAAGUAGAAGAAGAAGCAGCAGCUGCAGCAGACGAAGCUAAGCAGCUUCUAGAGUCUACUAGACUGAAACUCGUUGCUGAGAGGAUGGAACAAGUGAACAAAUUGAAAGAGCAACACAGACAAGAAAUGGACGACCAAUGGGAACAGUUUAUGACUGACAAGGAGAAUUGCCUCGCGCGCAUGAAGACAGAGUGCACACAGGAAGGAGAAGAAGAGAGAGUUAAGAGAGAAAAAGAACUGCUAGAGGAAAUUGCUGAAUUGAAAGCACAAGUUCAAUCAAAAUCAGUGGAUUUCGACCAUCUAGCGGUAAAAGCGGCGGCUUGUGGCAGGACUCUGGCUGUUACUGAACAAGAACUCAGAGAGGCCCUGGCGAGAGAGAAGGAUCUACGUGAGAAGAGAGCAGAAGAUGCGACGAAGAUCAAGCAGGUGGAGCGAUCUUCGAAGGACCAAAUUGAGCAUUUGACGAGAAAGUGUGCAUGCCUGAGGAAACUUUUCGACGACAUCCGAGCGAGGCUGCAAGCUCGCGAGCGCAGCGCCGAGCAGGAGAUGAAGAAUAGGGACAAGGAGCUGCACCAACUGAGGGCAGAGGUCGCCAGGCUCACCAAGAUACUGGUAGAACAGAGUUCGCCGAAGCUCGGCGCGCGCACGCGAGCGGACGGCUGCGAGCACAUAUUAGACGACGAGCGCCGGAAGGGUAUGUGAGCGCUGUUCGCUGUCGCUAGCUAGGCGGUUUUCGAACGCCCGAAUUGGCGCGAAAACGCCCCACCAUGGAGUUGCCGCUCCUGAAGCGAGCUGACGACUGCAAUGGCCGCCAACGAUCCAAGAGCGUUGACCUCCCUGCCGUCCAAGUCCCGGUUAGAAUAAAACAGUUGGAAGGGAAGAAAGAUUGAUAUAAUUUUUAGUUACAACUUGUAACUUGUAGAUCGUUUCAUCCACGAAGACGCGCCCCACCAUUCUUCCGCUAAUGUUUGGGUGUUAUCGGUACACGCUAAAUUAUCCAUGAGUGUACACGCACACUACAAUAAUGACGCUCGGAUUGCUCAGAUUCAACUCCCCGCAACCCACGCGACCGAGACCAAAAAUUGGUGGGGCGCGUCUUCGUUGAUGACGAUCUAUACAACUCGGUCGUAUUAACUGCGCAUCUGGCAGCCGUGACGUCACAUCGACGCUGUACGGAUGGAGCGAAAGCAAGUAGGUGAGUGCGAGGGAGAGUCGCAUUCCAGCGAGGUGCGCAGUAAACUUGAUUGGGUUGUAAACGUUGUAAUAAAUGAUGAUGCUUCGAGCUCAAGCUGAAACUGUUAAUAAAUAUUUAAAGCUUAGCUUUUAUUUGUUAAUUGCGAAUAAAUAUUUAAUAUACGACAACAAAAGCCAAAGUAGGUGAAUAACAAUUUCCUUAAACUCUGAUCUUACAAAAGUUAAGGAACAAAACUGGAACUGCUGCCGAAAGCACCAAAUAACGGAUAUAAAUGUUGUGUUCAGUUUUAUACAAACGCAUACUUAUGCAAGGCUACAUCCUGACAAUAGUAAAAAGUACUUAGGUAUUGUAGAUAUUAUGCACAAUAAGUGGUGGUGAAGCAAUAGACUAAGUAAGAAACUCCGCUAUAAUCAAUUUAGAAUAAUAUUAUACACGUAAAUAACAAGCACGACAAGUUGGUGAAAACUUUGAAGCAAUAUUUAUUAUGAAUCUAAUCCCUCUGACGCUCGACUGAUAAUACGAACUUAAUAUUAUGUCAAUUAAAUUUCAAAAGGGCACAUUGAUUUAAUCAAUGCUUGAUUAGCCCUUUUGUGCUCACUUGGAGAAAAUUGACGGUAGGCACAUUCCUGCUCAACCAGAAUCUCGGUGAAUAAGAGAUAAAAAGAGAAACACGAUAUUUUGUACAUAAAAUCACGUGGUUUUGGGCUCUGUAAGGAAUGAAACUACCGAAUCUGUAGUUUGACUGUUUCAAAAGUGCCUUUCCAGGUUCAGCAGUGCAUUGCUGUUCUAAAAACAAAAUCCCAUUUUUGUUGUCACCGAAAAUGAUCGUGGUAAUUUAAUGUUGAUAAAAUAGACUUUGUUUUAAAUGUUCAAGGCAGAUUAACUAUAGAUAUUGUACCUCUAUAUUGAUAAUAGGUUAAGGUAGAUACUUGAUACUCUUUGUUUAUUCACGUUUAGAUGUAAGUUAUAACGAAGUGUAAAGGGUAUUUUAAGUAUUUGUUAAUGUGCAAUAUUUUACUGUAGCAAAUUAUUGAGUAGCUGACAUUUUUCGCCUUCAAUUCCAGGGUAACUUGUGCAAAAUAAAUGUUUAUCUCAUUAAAAAUAAGUAUGUCAGUUGACUAAAGAUGGAUGUGACAACACAACAGUUACAUAUGGUUACACCCCUAGUCAAUUGACCCACUUUUUAUAACGCGAGAAUGAUAAUAAUUUAGAAAAUUAUUAACUUUUGAAUUAUUAGUAAAGGUGUCCAAUACCUACUCAAUAAUUUAAAUUAUACAGACUGUGGUACUAAUGUUCUGAGUUUUCCGUUUGUUAAAAAACUUAUAGAAGACUUAUAUUUUAAAAAAUAUUAUGCCAAAAUUGUAAAGCUAUUUCCAAAAUGUAUGAAUUUUGUGAACACAAAAAUCAUAGAUUUUCAAUAGUUUUUGCUACCUAGAUUGUAUUAUUCGAUGAAAGUGCUUACCUAUUCAUGCAAUAUUAUUAUGCUUUUUAAAUAUUUUUAAGUAUCAAAUAAUUAUUUAAGUUAUAUUUCAAAAAGUGAAAGUUAGUAGGUAUCUCAAAAUAAUCUCAAUAACUUUUUUACUGUGCAAUAUUAUUUGUCAACUAGGAAGUUAAAUUAUAUUUUUAACAUCUCAUUAAUAACUUACAAAAUAUCCUAGAACAUAUUAUUAGUAAUUAGGUAAUUCCUUUGUUAAACGAGUUCCGGCGCUCUUUGGAGGAGACCUACGUCCAAAUACUUAAACUAGGUGCUUUAAUUAAGGAUAUUAUCGAAAAUCACAAUCUUUUUUAUAGCCGUAUAGGGGUUUAUCUAGGCUACAAUUUUAAUUAAAAUAUCCUCUUCUUGUGGUAACUGACUAAGCUGGUAAGAGGGAAUGUGCAAAGAAAAAACUGUGCAAUUUAUUUAAUUAGUUACGAACUAAUAUUAAGUUAAAGUUGUAUUUACUCGUCCGCUCUGUAAAUAUUAUUUACCUUUU